CUUCUUCUCUCGGCCUCUUCUUCCUUCUUUCUUUAAAUACACCAUUUGCUUUCUCUCUUCACCAGUUACCCAUUUUUUUUGUGCUAUAACCCAACUCCCCCAUCUCUCUCUAAAUCCCCAGAUUCUGUGCUAAACACAAAACAAUGGCACAAACAUCAUCCACUAACUUAUGGCCUGCUUUUACUGUCGCUUUGGUUUUCAGUUCAUUCAUCAACAUUGCAUUUGCUGAUAGCCCUUAUAGAUUCUUCGAUUGGAAUGUUACCUACGGCGAUAUCUAUCCUCUCGGGGUUCGCCAACAGGGAAUAUUGAUAAAUGGGCAAUUUCCGGGACCUGAUAUUUACGCGGUUACGAAUGAUAAUAUUUACAUCAAUGUUCAUAACAGUCUGCCGGAGCCAUUUCUUCUCUCUUGGAAUGGAGUUCAACAGAGGAAGAACUCUUACCAAGACGGAGUAUACGGAACAACAUGUCCAAUUCCUCCUGGCCAGAACUUUACCUACCGGAUUCAGGUGAAGGAUCAGAUAGGAAGUUACUUCUAUUUUCCCUCUCUUGCAUUCCAUAAAGCCGCCGGUGGAUUUGGAAGUAUAAGAGUUCUCAGUCGUCCCCUCAUUCCCGUUCCUUUCCCGGAGCCGGCCGCCGAUUACACGCUUCUUAUCGGCGACUGGUACACCGCUAAUCACACGACAUUGAAGACCAUCUUGGAUCGUGGUCACAAACUCCCUUUCCCUAAUGGAAUUGUUAUCAAUGGCCGUGGUCCGAAUGCUACUACUUUCACUGUUGAGAAGGGUAAGACUUACAGGUUGAGAAUAACGAAUGUGGGGCUUCAGCAUUCGCUGAAUUUCAGGGUUCAAGAUCAUGAGAUGAAGCUUGUUGAAGUUGAAGGCACUCAUACGAUGCAGAAUACUUAUUCAUCUCUUGAUGUUCAUGUGGGUCAAUCUUAUUCUGUGCUCAUCACUGCGGAUCAGCCGUCCCGUGAUUUCUAUAUCGUUGUUUCGACACGGUUUGCUCCCAAGGUCCUCAUCUCCACUGCCAUUCUUCAUUACAGCGACUCCACCACCUCCGUGGGUGGUCCAAUUCCUGGUGGACCAACAGAAGUGGAGUGGUCCAUCAAUCAGGCUCGUUCCAUCAGGACUAAUCUCACUGCAAGUGGACCGAGACCAAAUCCACAGGGCUCGUAUCACUAUGGUCUGAUUAAUAUUUCCAGGACUAUCAAGCUGGAGAGUUCAGCAGCUCUUGUCAGUCGCAAGCAGAGAUAUGCUGUUAACAGUGUGUCUUUCAUUCCUGCCGACACACCUCUUAAGCUUGCAGAUUACUUCGGUAUUGAUGGAGUUUUUAGCGUUGGAAGUGUCCCAGAUGUUCCUUCUAGGAAGCCAAUGUACCUUGAUACCUCAGUCAUGGGUGCUGACUAUAGAGCCUUUAUUGAGAUUGUGUUCCAGAAUCACGAGAACAUCGUACAGAGUUGGCAUAUUGAUGGAUACUCCUUCUGGGUUGUUGGAAUGGAUGGAGGAGUUUGGACACCCGCUAGCAGAGAACAAUACAAUCUCCGAGAUGCAGUUUCGCGGUGUACCACCCAGGUAUACCCAAAGUCAUGGACUGCCAUUUAUAUGUCACUUGACAAUGUUGGAAUGUGGAACAUAAGGUCAGAGUUUUGGGCAAGACAAUACCUUGGACAACAAUUUUAUCUUAGAGUUUACACACCAGUUAAGUCCUUCAGGGAUGAGUACAAUGUUCCAGAUAAUGCUCUUCUUUGUGGGAAGGCUGAGGGCAAAAGCACAGCUUCUCCAUAAAUAAUUGCUGUCACGAUUCACAACACAUUCUUUCAGUUGAGCUCUGGGUUAGCAAAAAUCCCAUUUGCACCAGUCUCCAGUAUUUUUCUUAGCACGUUUAUCGGUGUUUUCUUCAUCUUGUAUUUUGCUUUCUUCCUUUGGUUUAAUACUACAAAUUAACAAUAAAUUAUAAUACAGUAGAAAGAGAAAGGAGAGGAAUAUUCUGCUGUGAUGCUAACCUGGUCUGGAAAAUUUCAGCCAGGUUUUCCUCUCUUCUUCGUUGCUGUAUACUUCUGUUGUAAUUUGAACAAAAAAAUGAGAGGAAGAAAGAGGCAAAAAGAAAAAUGUAUUAGUGAGGAAGAUAGAAAUUUUAGUAGUUCUUUUCCUUAAAGAGGUUGCUCGUAAAUUAGUGUGAAUUAUUGUACCCCAAUAAGAACAGCGUUCGAUAUUCUUUAAUCAUUAUUUAUUUUAAAGA